AUGAAGAGUUUUGCUCUUCUUUUCUUAGUAGUGACCUGUGGCAUGGGAGGAUUGGGACAGAAGCUGAAGCCAAAGAAAAGAAGCAAUGGUGAAGAAAUCAAUUUUCGGACUAAAACCAAAGAUGUUUGCACAAUGAGCAUGAGCGGGGAUGAGGAGCUGAGACUUAGAAUUGAAUGCAAAAGCCAAGGCAUGUCCUACUGGUGUGAGUUCACUGGCAAGCCAUCAGUCUGUCGUGCUUUCAGAAACAAUCCAAAGGUUUACUGGAAUCAGAUUGCUGCGGAACUUAGAAAACUCCCUCACGCUUGCGAAUCCACGCAAGUGUUGAAGACCACCAUGUGCCAAAAGGCUCCCACAGAGGCUCUUAUGAAGCAAAUAGCUGCUGGUAUGGAGCCGGAAGAUCUAGCGAUCCAGGACAAAUCAGUCCAGAAAACUUCCACUUCUAUGAGGGGAGCGGGGAGAAGCUCUGUUAAGAAAAUAGGGAAACCUCCAGUACUACCUCUUAUAAAACCAACCCAGCAUGGUCAAGGGUCGGAAAAUGAAACGGAAGCAAUGAAACUGGCACGGGAGCAUUGCUGGGAAUCCCUGCAUGGUUUCUGCUCCUACAUUAUUGGCAUCUUUAGAGGUUAAGGAUUUGCUUCAGGUAAAACUCCCAUCUUGGAGCACAGUAGAAUAUACCUAAGGGUAUCCUGUUGUAGUUUUGUUUUGUUUUAUUUUGGGGGUCUCUCGGGGAUGCAGACAGGGAGGUUCUAGGCUUGCUCACUAAAAUCUACUGUGCCAAAGCUUGUACUGCGGCUUCUGAGGGGCUGGACAGCUUAAACUCCCAGCGGUGGCUACUAGUUCAGGACCCCCUGACAGCCUUCUGUGAGGUCUUUAGUACGUACUGAAAUGUUUGCUCUCUCUGGUACUAAAGCUGUGGUAUUUCAGUUCUAACUGUUUGAAUUGGGCUUGUUUUCUGCCUUCUGUCAUUG